GUCCAGUUUCACCACUGCGCUUGCGUGAGAUCCGGAACAGCAGCAUUUUUCUCGUAAUUUAUGGAUGAUGUGAGGAAAAUAACGGCAGCUAGCUAGCUAGUUGGGCUACAGAUUUUAAAGAGAUACAUAACAUUAAUUCACAGUUGAUAAUGUUUAGUUUAUCGGGAUUCAUCUGACUUGCUUGAGUUUAAACUUUUGAUUGCUUUUGAGAACGUCACCCAAACAGCUAGCUAAAUAGCUAGAGCUAGAGUACUGAUACUGAUAGGGUACAGCAGCUAGCUAGACUAGUACUAGCUUUACAAGCAGUCAGCUCGCAAACGAGAUAAAACAUGAUUUUAAACUAGGCAGUCUAGUGGCAUGAUCAAGGAGGCACGAACACAACGGCACAGUGAAAGAGUUUGUUAUAACUAGUUAUAUGUACGAAUACAGACAGGCGAUUCCAAAUAAUUUCAAGGAAAAGUUGAUGCUGGAUACGAAUAUCCGCAGCGUGAAUAAUUCCAACCGCAGCAGCUGAGAUGAGUCAGUUGUGGAGGCGAGGCAUGUCCCUCUCAGAGAGGCUGGGGAGUGACAGCCCUGUGGGUCUGGCCCCAGGGCCCCCGGCCACAGCAGCCCCGCCCGGGUCCAACUCCACCUGGGGACCGUCGGCGCCCCUGGUCACCCCCGAGGAGCCCAUCUUCCUCAUGACCUCCACGGCCCAGACGGUGUCUGGCUUCUUCGUGUGGACCGCCCUGAUGCUCACCUGUCACCAGAUCUACAUGCACCUGCGUUACUACAGCUCCCCUAACGAGCAGCGACACAUCGUCAGGAUCCUCUUCAUCGUGCCCAUCUACGCCUUCGACUCCUGGCUCAGCCUCCUCUUCUUCACCAACGAGGAGUACUACGUGUACUUUGACACCGUGCGGGACUGCUACGAGGCGUUUGUGAUCUACAACUUCCUCAGCCUGUGUUAUGAGUACCUGGGAGGGGAGAGUGCCAUCAUGGCUGAGAUCAGAGGAAAGCCCAUCGAGUCCAGCUGUGUGUACGGGACCUGUUGUCUCUGGGGAAGGACCUACUCCAUUGGUUUCCUCCGCUUCUGCAAACAGGCCACCCUCCAGUUCUGUGUGGUCAAGCCCCUGAUGGCCAUGAUCACAGUCAUCCUGCAGGCCUUUGGGAAGUACAGAGACGGAGACUUCAAUGUGGCAGGUGGUUACCUGUACGUGACCAUCAUCUACAACGUCUCGGUCAGCCUGUCCCUCUACGCUCUCUUCCUCUUCUACUUCGCCACCCGUGACCUGCUUGUCCCUUACAGCCCCAUGCUCAAGUUCUUCAUGGUCAAGUCGGUCAUCUUCCUCUCCUUCUGGCAGGGCAUGCUCCUGGCCAUCCUGGAGAAGUGUGGUGCCAUCCCUCAGAUCAACUCUGCCGAAGUGUCGGUGGGCGAGGGCACGGUUGCCGCUGGUUACCAGAACUUCAUCAUCUGCAUCGAGAUGUUCUUCGCAGCUGUGGCCCUUCGCUACGCCUUCACUUACAAGGUCUACAUGGACAAGAGGCUGGACUCCAAUGGCCCGUUUCCUAUCUAUGGACAGUACGGUCGCUGCGCCCCCAUGAAGAGCAUCUCCAGCAGCCUGAAGGAGACCAUGAACCCGGGGGACAUGGUCCAGGACGCCAUCCAUAACUUCUCUCCGGCCUACCAGCAGUACACCCAGCAGUCCACCCUGGAGCAGCGCGGCGGCCCGGCGCUCUCCCGCAGCCACAGCACCCUUAGCACACGCGGAGACACCGAGAAGACCCUGCUGCUCAGCUCCGACGACGAGUUCUAGAGGGACGCUCGUACACACUCUACCUACCUACACUCACACACACAGUGGUUGACCCAUGGGGGGUGAAAGGAGAAAGAGAGGAUUAAAUAGUUUUACAGAGAGGAGUGUGUGUAUGUGAGGCGGGGGUAGGGGUCUAAACUGUGGCAGAGCUUAAAGAGUGAGAUGUAUUGUAUCGACUCAACAGUGCUGUUUUUAAAUUGUUAUAAAUGUGUUCUUUGGCUGUUCCAUUUCAUUGCAUACAUGUCUGGCUGUGUACAAUACAUUCAAAAGCUCAUGAAAGGAGUUGAUAUUUACAGUGGACGUAAUAUGCUACAAAGUAAGGUCACAUUUUAUUAAAAUGAAAACACAUACCUCUGCCAAUAUGGAUCUAAAAACCUGAACACACACGUACACUCAUGUCCCCUCAAGUUAUGCUUAAACACAACUUAUGACUUGUUUUGAUGUACACACAUGCACAUGCACACAUCUACAUGAGUGCCAUGUUCAGUAUCAUUUACUCUGGUUCAUAGAGAAACCUCCAUUUUGUUUGUAUUGGUUGUGGUCAUGCAUCCUCCACCCUCCUGCCAAGUCUGCCUCUUACUGAAGUGUUGCCAAAUACAUGGAGGUCCCAUCUGGGAUGGCGGGACACUUUCUGACUGAAAGAUUUUGAAGUGACUGAAACUAGCAACUCGAAAGGAUCCUUCUUUAGCUGGACCUUCUCUUAUGAUCUAACGGUACUGUUGUUUUCUUUUAAAUGAUUUAUGCUUGCUUUGAUGUUUGAUGACAUGAUGGUACACCCUUAGACUGGUCUAAUUAUUCUGUUUGGAUAAGAAUAUUUGAGGAAUAUUAUAUCUGUACAUAUGUUUGAGUGUGUGUCAAUGUGUGUGUUGUUGGGAUUUGUUUAACAAUAGUUGUGGGGUCACUCAGGGUGCCUCCAGAAAGUUCUUUGUGUUGACACUGGUGGAGGGAACCGCUGUGGGAAAGAUGCUGGGGUUGGCUAAAGCGACAGGCAGUGCCCACAUAGAUAAGUGAUAAACAGGAUUUAUCAGCAGGGCUGGACAAUUUGCACCAGGAUUAUAAUACAGUAAUUGGGGCAUUGUGUGUUCAAGGCAGUACAGAGGAUGUCUUGAACUAGAGAAUAUGCUACAUGGCUAUGUAGUCACCCACCAGAACAAUAGUUUUAACUUUUCCCAUGGAAUUAAACUGGUACUGUAGAAUUCGGCAGAAUGGUUUUUACCCCCUAAUUGUAUCAAUAUUAUUAUAAAAUAAUGUCAUAGACUAUGUUCUAUCCACUCACUUCUUCACACUGGAAUUAAUCCCCCCAAUAAAACAGUCAUGGUGACCAAUUGGAAUGCAGAAUGUCUGUAGUGGAAUGACCAGCAGAGGGAGCCCGUGUAUAAUGACAACUUUGAAUCUAAAACAAAGUUUAUGGAAUGGAGAAUAUUUGAAAACUGAGUUGCCAAAAAUGUGAGCAGCAGUGUUGAAAUAAACCAUAUCUUGUAUAUACAGUUUAAAUAUUGAGCAGUUUGAUUUGUGAAGUGAUGAGGAUAGGGUGUGCUGGUAUCCCUGCUGAGAAGGGCCUUGUAUUUUCUCCCCUGUGUUCUCUCUAGCCUACAUAGUUAUGGGAUGGGUACAAGGUUGACUAAUGUAUUUUGUCAUUGUGGUUUUUCACAAACAAAGAAAUAAAAUCAUGGAUGAAUGAACCCAAGCA